GUGACAUAGAUAAAGUCAAAGCUCUAAUCAAUCAAGGAGCCAACGUAAACGCUAAAGAUAAUCUCAAAAGAACGCCACUUCACUGGGCUGCUGAUAAAGGUCAUACAGAUGUAGUUCACUAUCUAAGCGAGCAUGGAGCGAAUGUGAACGUUGCAAAUUUUGCGGAUAAAACACCACUUCAUAGCGCUACUGAUAAAGGUAAUACAGAUCUAGUUAAAUUUCUAAUUGAGCAUGGAGCGAAUGUGAACGUUGCAGAUGAAUUGAAAGAAACCCCACUUCACUACGCUGCUAGGAGAGGCUAUACAAAUAUAGCCAAAUAUCUUAUCGAAAAAGGUGCCAACGUAGAUGCUGAAACUCCUAUGAAACUCACACCACUUCACUGGGCUGCUUAUGAUCAAAUUGAAAUCGUUAAAUUAUUGAUAGAAAAGGGUGCAAAUCUUUUCGUUAGAACUGUUGAAAGUAAUGAAACUCCACGUGGAUGGGCUGUCGGAAAAGGUCACAAUUAUACAGCUAAUCUUCUAAAGGAAGCGGAGAGUACCUUUG